GGUGUUUCCUGUUUUUUAUAUUUGACGCCAUUUUGUUGCUUAAAUCAUCAACACAGAGUGUAUUUGCUAGCAGCGGUGAGAGUGCUUGCAAAGAGAAGUUUGUUCUGAUGUAGUUUGAAGCUGGUGCGGGCAGCGAGGGGUGCUCCCACCGGCUUUCCAGCUCCUUUUCUCUUUGUUCCCCCCUCCCCUCUCUCUCUACAGUCCCCUGCACUUGGAGGGGGUGGUCUGCAGGGGAUGAGCUCCGUACCUGGUGUCUGCCCCGCCAGCCCCUCUCCUUGCUCGGGAUCAGGGCUGAACAGCCCCUGUCCGUCAAGCUGCGGGGGCACCUCGUUCACAAUCCAGUUAGGUCUCACCAGGGAAUCUGUGCUGCUCCCAAUCAGCACGGACAACAGUUUGGCUAGAGUCAAAGAGCUUGCUUGCUCCAUCGUGGACCAGAAGUUCCCAGAAUGUGGCUUUUACGGGCUCUACGACAACAUCCUCCUGUUCAGACACAACGUGAACUGCGACAACAUCCUCGAGCUGAUGAAAUCAGAGAGCGAUAUCCAGGAAGGUGACCUUAUCGAAGUCGUCUUGUCAGGCGCCGCCACCUUUGAGGAUUUUCAGAUCCGGCCGCACGCCUUGAACGUACACUCGUACCGUGCCCCGGCGUUCUGCGACCACUGCGGCGAGAUGCUCUUCGGCCUGGUGAGACAGGGGCUGAAGUGCGACGGAUGUGGGUUGAACUAUCACAAGAGGUGUGCCUUCAGUAUUCCAAACAACUGCAGCGGAGCCAGGAAGAGGAGGCUGUCCAACACCUCGCUGUCUGGGUCCAUAGCAUCGCGGUUGUCCACUACAGAGACCUUGCUCGCAUCCCCCAUCGACGGACAGUCGAAGAACCUGGCGGAAAUGCUGUCGCUGAAGGAGAAACGUCAGAAUCUGUGCACCCACGUGGGGCGACCGAUCGAGCUGGACAAGAUCUUCCUGACCAAGGUCAAGGUGCCUCACACGUUUGCUGUGCACUCCUACACCAGGCCCACCGUCUGCCAGUACUGCAAGAAGUUACUCAAAGGCCUCUUCCGGCAGGGGCUUCAGUGCAAAGACUGCAAGUUCAACUGCCACAGGAGAUGUGUGGAGAGAGUGCCCAAUGAUUGCUUGGGAGAAUCCAGCAUCAAUGGAGACCUCCUCAGCCCAGGGGCCGACACGGACGUCAACAUGGAGGACGUCAGCGAGUACCCUGACGGAGACAAGGCCAUCACGGCCGACGACUCCGACGAGGCGAACACCAGCUCCGGCAGCACGGAAAACGGUUUCCAGGGAGAGGACGGCCCCAGCAGGAUGCUGAGUGACCCCAUGGCCUCCAACAUCCCCCUGAUGAGAGUGGUGCAGUCGGUGAAACAGACCAAGCGGAGGUCCAGCAUGACGGUGAAGGAGGGCUGGCUGGUUCACUACAGUAACAGGGAUGUCCUGAGGAAGAGGCACUUUUGGAGGUUGGACUGGAAAUGCAUCACGCUCUUCCACAACGACACAGGCAGCAAGUAUUAUAAGGAGAUCCCACUGUCCGAGGUGCUCUCCGUGGAAUCGGCAGACAGCGUCGGCUCCGUUGCCCAUGGAGGGAACCCGCCGUGCUUCGAGAUCCGGACCGGCAGCGUAAUCUACUUCGUCGGCGAGAGAGCCCCUCCCUUCCCGCAGCCAAACUCUGGGAGCCAGAGUGGCCCGGCAGCAGCUCUCGAGGAGGCCAAGGCCUGGGAAAAUGCCAUUCGGCAGGCCCUGAAGCCGGUCAUCUUCCAGGAUACGGCCAAUGCCCAGGGACACACACCGCGCAGACAAGCUUCUGUCACAUUCUCCAUGACCAACAGCCAAAUCCAGGAGAACGUGGACAUCGCCACCGUCUACCAGAUCUUUGCAGAUGAGGUUCUCGGAUCUGGACAGUUUGGUAUCGUUUAUGGAGGCAAGCACCGAGAGUCCAGCCGGGACGUGGCCAUCAAGGUGAUCGACAAGCUGCGAUUCCCGACGAAGCAGGAGAGUCAGCUCCGCAACGAGGUGGCCAUCCUCCAGGGCCUGUGUCACUCCGGAGUGGUCAACCUGGAAUGCAUGUUCGAGACGCCCGAGAAGGUCUUUGUCGUCAUGGAGAAGCUGCACGGUGACAUGCUGGAGAUGAUCCUGUCCAGCGAGAAGGGGCGACUGCCAGAGAGGAUAACCAAGUUCAUGAUCACACAGAUCCUGGUCGCCCUCCGUCACCUGCACUUCAAGAACAUCGUUCACUGCGACCUCAAGCCGGAGAACGUGCUGCUGGCAUCGGCCGAUCCCUUUCCCCAGGUGAAGCUCUGCGACUUUGGUUUUGCGCGCAUCAUCGGGGAGAAGUCGUUCCGCCGAUCGGUGGUGGGGACGCCGGCCUACCUCGCACCCGAGGUGCUGCUGAACAAGGGCUACAACCGCUCGCUGGACAUGUGGUCCGUCGGGGUGAUUAUGUACGUCAGCCUCAGCGGCACCUUCCCCUUCAACGAGGAUGAAGACAUCAACGACCAGAUUCAGAACGCUGCCUUCAUGUAUCCCCCCAACCCCUGGAGGGAGAUCUCGCGUGAAGGCAUCGACCUCAUCAACAACCUGCUGCAAGUGAAGAUGAGGAAACGAUACAGUGUGGACAAGUCGUUGAGCCACCCUUUCCUGCAGGACCACCAGACCUGGCUGGAUCUGCGAGAGCUCGAGUGCAAAAUGGGCGAGAGGUACCUGACCCACGAGAGCGAUGACCUGCGCUGGGAGACGUUCGCCCUGAGCCGCUCGCUGCAGUACCAGCCCCACAAGGCCAGCCGGCUGCCGCCUGCGGGCAGCUGGAGGGAGGAUGACGGCCAGGGGCUCAGUGAGAGGGUCAGCAUCUUAUAGACUGUGACGACCGCUUGACCAUCUGUGAAAUGCCCCCUCAUCCCACACCCCCUCCGCCCUCCACUCCGCCCCCGAGAAAUCGGCCGCAGAUCGGAGACGGCACCGAGGCUCGAUGAUCAAAGAAUCUGCCUCCUGACCGGGCAACUCUUGGACCUAGAUUUGAGCUGAUCUGUCUGUUCCCAAGUAGGCGAGAAUGUACAGACACAAACACAGGAUUCCUGAAGCAGGCGGUCACCCAUGGCUGUGGAAAUCUGACCUUCUCUGUCCCCCACCUCAUGCGGACAUGACCUCUCCCAGGAGAUCUGUUACAGAACCAUGCUUUCUCAGAGAGUGGCCAUAAGCUAUUUGGUUGUGUCGUAUUUUUACGUAAAUUGUGGUUAGUGCAAGCAAAAACCCCUCCUUCCUCGUUCCUCGCACCGUGACUCCUGGCCAACACGAGCCUCAAUCCAAACAGUGCUCCUCGAGGACACUCUGCACCACCACCGAGUUCCAGCCCCACGUCACUCCCUCCCCCAGCAGGGCUCGGUGGGUUGCAGCCAACUUGCACGAUGGCACUCUUUUUUUUUUAAGCACCCCGCGUUCUUCUCCCCUCCCUACCCGUUCUGCCGGAAAGCUCGAAUGACGGUGAAGUUGCGGUGCAGCCCCCAUUCCGACCCAAACUCUCACUGGCCUUUGAGCCUUUCUGUGCCCGAGGGAAGGAAGGGUAGUUCAUUGGGCGGUGUAGAGAGGGACGGGGGAGUUCCUCGGUCACGUACAACCUCCCAAAAUAUGAUUUGAAUGGGAUUGAGAGGCCGUGUGGGAGGGACAUUCUUAGUAAACGGUAGAUCUUACAGUACAAGACACAUGUAGACUACAGCUGCCUUAGGAACUCCACAACCACAAAGGGAGAGCAUUCCCACUGUUUCCUGAUAGUUUUCUAUAUUUAUAUCACAUUGUACAAACCUGAGACAUGAAAGCAAACUGAGAUUUUCAUUGCCGCCACUAGGGUUCAGUGGUUAUUGACCUGCGAUGGAAGGUGGGGGCCCCACCGCUGGGGGGAGUUUGUUCGUGUUUUUUAAAAUGUAUUUGUGAAGGGGGUGGCCGGCGACAGCAUUGCACGACCACUUGUGCAGACAAAGCCCGUCGACACUGCGUGCUCACUAGCAGAGACGGUAGAGGCGGGUACGGUGGUGUUUUGGAUGGACGUGGAUAGAGGAGGCUUGGAGAGAGAUUCCAGUACAGGCCCUUCAGCCCACAAUGUUGUUCUGUGAUCUCCAACCCUUCCUUCCCACAUAGCCCUCCAUUUUGACAUUAUCCAUGUGCCACUCCCCUUCCUCCCCAGGCACAGUGGCACGAGCUCCCAAGGGGUGAGAUUGGUUUGGGAAAAGGGUCAUUGGAGAGCAGGAGGGGGGAAUCCCGGGAGAUUUUCCACAAUCCACUCCAAAACAUUGGCAGGGGAAGGGUAACAAAAACCUGCUGGUGGCACCUUCAUUAGUAGACUUGUUACUGCCGUGUGUGCGUGUGUCUCUGACGGUCUAUCUGUGUCUGUGCUUAUGUCCGUGAACAAACGUGUGUAUCCGUGAGCAAGUGUGUGUGUGUGUGUUUGGGAGUGAAUAUGUAUUUCCAUGGGAGAAUGUGGUGACUGUGUGAGUGUGUGUGAAGAUCUGCUCAUUCCAGCCUCUGUAUCUCAGUCUCUGGACAUCUUUCAGCUUCGUUUUAUUUGUAAAAAACAUACUUCGACCUGUUCAAUAAAGAUGAGUUUGGAACACA